AUGCUCAAACUUCUGGGAAGUUUAGCUUGGGUUCUUUCCCUUACUGCUCAGAAGAGCGAUUCCUUUUGGGCAUCCCCAUCUGGUGAUUUCGCUUUUGGGUUCCAACAGAUUGGGAAUGGAGGUUUCCUACUAGCUAUUUGGUUCAACAAAGUACCUGAAAAGACCAUAAUUUGGUCAGCCAACAGCGAUAAUCCAACGCCAAGAGGAUCCAAAGUUGAGCUCACCACUGAUGGAGAGUUCAUUCUCAAUGACCAGAAAGGCAAGCAGAUGUGGAAGGCUGAUCUGAUCGGUCCUGGGUCGCGCAUGCAGCCAUGCUUGACACUGGAAACUUUGUGCUGGCAAGCCAAAAUUCCACCUAUUUGUGGGAGAGUUUCAAUCAUCCAACAGACACUAUAUUGCCCACCUCGAUAUUGGGGCAAGGCAGCAAACUUGUUGCUCUGCUUUACACCACUGAUUUCCCAAUGGAUUCCGCAAAUUUUGCUUACUGAUGCACAAUUGGCGGGUGUUAAUGUGCUUGCGCUGAUCAAUGAGCAUUUGGGUGUGGCAUUGCAAUAUGGGAUCGAUAAGGAUUUCUCGAAUGGAUCAAGGCAUGAGUAUGGAAAGACAGUCUCGGUUAACCAAUUUCAGGUUAAGGAUGUUAUCUGGGAUCCAGAGCUUGGUGGCCAAAAUAUGGAAAUUCGUUUGGUGGAGUAUUUUGCAGAUGAGUUCAACAAACAAGUUGGGAAUGGAGUUGAUGUGAGGAAGUUCCCCAAGGCAAUGGCUAAAUUGAAGAAACAGGUUAAGCGGACAAAAGAAAUUCUAAGUGCGAAUUCAGUUGCUCCAAUAUCAGUAGAAUCCCUCUAUGAUGAUCGAGACUUCAGGAGUAUCAUAACUCGUGAGAAGUUUGAGGAGCUCUGUGAAGAUUUGUGGGAGAGAUUUCUUAUUCCUGUGAAGGAAGUGCUUGAGAGUUCAGGUUUGAAGGUUGAUGAGUUAUAUGCAGUGGAGCUAAUAGGAGGUGCCACUCGAGUGCCAAAGUUGCAGGCAAAGCUCCAGGAAUUUCUUGGAAGGAAGGAUCUGGACUGA